AUGGUUAAAUGGCCCAAAUCGGUGGUGUCACAUUUCAGUUCCAGUAAGGAUCACAGGGCGAAACAAGGAGUCAAGGGAGAAUCUAAACCAGAUUGCGACAACUUGAUGAUGACAACAAGGCCUUGCGAUAGCGGAACAUGCUUUGGAGAUAUUGUUUUGGCGUCCAAUAUAUCACUCUUCUUGACCAAUAGUCCACUUGCUCCAGCCAAAGCGACGCCUGCCGGGAGGCUCGUGCAAAUUCAGCCAAUGUCGGGUUUGACAUGGUCGAUGAUAAGAAGAUGGUUUCGAGACCCAAGUCAGGAGUCACUGGCUGCAAGCAGCCGCAACCCCGCGAGCACCUUGCGGACUGCAACUCUGGACCACAGCGGUAUUUUCACCAUAUUUGGAAAUGACAACAUGUACACGAUCUCUUUCGAUCGCAGAAUCGCAGAAUCGCAGAAUCGGAGGACUCUUGUGGCUUCAUGGUUCAAAGCUUCAUUUGACCGCAAGAAAGGGGAAUAA